UCUCUCUCUCUCUCCACACACACACACACACACUCACUCAUCAACCUGGUAGUACCGAGGAGUAGGACGCGCGAGCCAUUGGGUGGAGCAGCAGCAGCGUCGCGUGCUGCGGAACACAUUGAGUGGGUCGUUAACUCGCGCGCGGUUUGGUUGCAGAUGCAGGUCGCGGAGUGUGAGCGCGAGGCGGGGGGAAAUGGCGAACUGGCGCGAGCGGCGGCGGUGGUGCUGCGCCUCGUGAGGAUACAGUAGACAACCCGGAGCGGAGGUAGGCGGCAGCUCGAGGACAGGACAGGAGUAUAGGAGGUGGAGGAGGAGGGAAAAAAGUGGGGGUGAAGCCAUGGAGGACUCCGAGCCCGCAGAGGACGGCUUGCUCGCGGGUUUACGAUGGAACCGGAGCGCACGGGACCAGGCUCAGCUCAAACAUAAAAUCCGGGACCUGCCGGGGCUACUCAAGCACGGGCUGCACCUGCGGAAGAAGAGCCAAUCACCUGACACUAUCCCUGGACCUAGCACUGGACCUACAGUACACAAGUCUUGUUCCCAGAGUUUUCCCUGUGCUGGUCGGACUGUGAGGAAUGCCUUCCUCUCUCAUGGACCAUACCCAGCUAAAGACAAGAUACACCUGGCCAGAAUCAUACGGCGUAGCUAUGUUGGUGUGGAGCUGGUGCAGUGGCUGUGUGAGCAGUGUGUGUACGUGCGCUGUCGGACUACUGCUGUGCGUGUCUGGCAGGUUCUGCUGGAGCUGGGUGUCCUGCUGUCUGUGGACCAGCGGGUGGUGUUUUCGGACUCAAACUCUUACUACCAAUUCAGCUUUGAGGAGUGUGACUCUGCCUCCUGUGAGUUUCGCUCCAAUGAGGGGGAGUGGCCAGAGGCUGUUAGGCUCCUCCUACAACUUGCCCCAUAUGUCCAGUUUCGCUCUGGCGGCGGAGCCAACAGCCUGUCCGAAGAGGACUCUGAGGGUAACAGGGACAUCUGCAGUGAGAUUCUCCAGAUGAAAGCUCUUGAGAGGCUCACUUCUACGGUACAAAGUGAGUUGGCGGCUGCUCUCGCCAGAAAGACUCGCAAGGCUUUAUCAGAGCAGGACUCUGAGACGACGGAGACGAGCCAACAGGAACCUCGCACACCCAGCGAGGAGAGCAGCCCGCUGGGCGGGGUGUGUGCUUUGCGGGGUGGCGGUGGCAGCGGUGGGGGCGUCGGUGGAGGAACUUGUAGCCGUGAGGAGCUGACCAACCGACUGGGGCUGGAGGCCGUUCAGCGGCUGGCAAAGGACGGCUGCCGGCUGCUGCAGAACCACAACUACAGGCUGCCCGACAGGAACCAGGCGGAGGCGGUGGGGAGGGUUUGUCUGAAGGAGAGAGGACGGGACGUAUUGGUGUUGCAGAGAGUGACAUCAUCAGUGACGUCGCCAUCAGACCGGCCCUCACCCACAUCGUCAGGGGGCGGGUCCAGAGAGGAGGAUUGCGACAAGAGGUAUGUGGUGGUGUCAGGGACGCCGCUCAAGAUCUUGGAGCACCUGCUAAGUGACCUGAGAUUGGACGACCAAAGAGGGGCGCCAGAGAGCAGGGAGAGCGAAAUGCUGUUGGAUGACUUCCUGUUGACCUACCUGGUGUUCAUGUCCACUCAUGACCUCUGCCAGGCUCUGCUGGGACACUAUAGCAGCGCCCGCUGCAGGGGCCAAGAGGAGGGCAAAGACGCUCUCUACAGGAAGCGUAAGGUACUGCAGCUGGUCUCCCACUGGAGCAGGCUCUACAAGGACUUCCUCAAAGAAGAGGAGCACGUCAGGAGCUUCAUGAAGACUCUGUACAGGUGUGUUUUAGAAGAUCUGUAUGAGUUCCCCACACUGGAGAAAGAUCUGAAGGAGUUCCAGAAACUUCUGCGUCGCAGACACACUGUGGAUGACUGCCCUCCAAACCAAAAGAGUAAACAAAUGUAUCAGCAGUUGAGCUUGAAGGAAAACUGUUUGCCACUCCGAAGUCCACCGACUGAGACUAGAGAGGUUCUUUGUUGCGUGUACGUGAGCGCUGACUCCUACCUGAGUGUCCACACACACCCCUCAAUGGAGGCCAAUGAGAUGCUAAGAAUCGUGGGUCUGAAAAUGGACAGGGCAGAAGAAGACAUGGUGCUUGCUGUGGUGUCACACACUGGAGAUCGGAGAGUGUUACAGCCCAGUGACUGUGUGUAUUCAGAGUCCCUGACCCCACAGGGAAAGCUCAUGGCCUGUCGCAGGGAUCUCACUGAGAUCUUGCCUCCUUUAACAGACAGUGCUGAACUAAGCAGGAGGCCGGUGCGACUCUUGGGUAUAAACACCUGGGAUGUGGCAGCUGCUCUCACACACCUGGACUGGAGCCUCUUCAAAUCCAUCCAUGAGCAGGAGCUGGUGUACUACACCCUGAGCCGUGCUCCUGGUACGGGCCACACAGCGGCGCUCUCAGUCCUGCUCCAGCGCUGCAACGAGGUCCAGCAGUGGGUCAUGUCAGAGGUGCUCAUGUGCGUAUCACUCAACAAGAGAGUGCAGCUGCUCAAGAAGUUUAUCAAGAUUGCAGCUCAUUGUAAAGCCCAAAGAAAUUUGAACUCUGCAUUUGCCAUCAUCAUGGGACUUAAUACAGCAGCUGUCAGCCGGCUCAACCAAACCUGGGAGAAAUGUCCCGGGAAGUUCAAGAAGCUUUUCUCAGAGUUGGAACUUAUCACGGAUCCAUCUCUGAACCACAAAGCUUAUAGGGAAGCUUUCAAAAAGAUGAAACCUCCCAAGAUCCCUUUCAUGCCUCUUCUGCUGAAAGAUAUCACCUUUAUCCACGAGGGAAAUAAGACCUUCCAUGACAACCUGGUUAACUUUGAGAAGCUGCACAUGAUUGCAGACACAGUGAGAAUGAUUCGCCACUGCCAAAGCGACCAGCCAGGCAACGAGGUAAUCGGGGUCGACAGUGCGGAGGUGAGGGCGAGCGUUCACUACCUGCACAUUAUCGACAAUCAGCAGACGCUUUUCGAACUGUCGCACAAACUGGAGCCACGCGCUUAAACACGCGCGCGCGCACACACACACACACACACACACACACACACACACACACUGGACACAGCGCAGUGGAAACGCUUGCACCGAGUAUGUGUGACAUAGAGGAUGCUUUGUUCAGCAAAAUGUCACGCACUCACACAUUCACUGCAACAAAAUCACACUACCAGCAGAGGUGCCAAGUGGACAAUAAGGUGCCAUGUGUUCUGACAAAAACCCACAAAGACACAGAGCUGCCUGUUCUCUGAAGGCUUUAUGUCACUAAACAUGUGUUUCUAAAGGAUUUCUGAACCGUCUACGGGACGAGAUUAUGAGCAGCAAGACGGAGGUUUGCCAAACGGAGACAGGAGGAUAGAUGAGGCUGUAAUUAGUCUGUACAGUAUCUAUUGGACUGAAUAUGUUUUUGUUCUUGUGAUGAGCUUUUGGUUAUUUAUGAGACUGUUUAGCAGGUGAAAUGUUCCUUUAUUUUUGUUACGUCUCGCCACCCCUCUCAGAGGUCAACAAGGACUUGAUAGCCUCUUCAUCAUUUCAGUUAGAAACACCAAGCAGUCUGUAGAGGAGCUAGAUUUGUUUACAAGCCUGAUGGCCACACUCUGCCCCAUCGAUGGUCUCAUGAUUUCAUCUGCAUAUCACAUACAGUACCUUCCCUGUGAUGCUGUAUAUCCAGGAUACAUGCCAUAGUUAUUUAGAUGUACGAUGUGGAGCUUUUUUUAGUUAUUGUGUGGUCACAUAUUACGUAACAAAAAGCAGCAACCAUUGCUGAAGCUGAACACUUUAACACCUUUAUCAUCUUUUCCCACUGACGCUCUGUCUUUUAACUAAAUGUGUACAGCCUCUGUGUGGGGAAAAAAAAAAAAAAGAGAUAUAACGUUAACAGUGUGUUGUUUCUGGCAUGUGGAGGAAGCAUUGUGAGAGAUUUUUAUUAACUGACUGUUUUAAAACACUAAAACUCUCCUGAACAUGCCAGAGCUCAAACACUGUUGAUGAACACUGAACCUUUCCAUUUUAGAGUCCUGGUUGACUUUUAGCCAAACACUCCUCGUGCCACACUCUUCUCUAUGAUGUUUUUGCGUGAAUAGAUACUGAUAAUUUUACAUUGUAUAUAAUAUGGACCUAUACAUUUUCCAGUGCCAAAUGUCACAUACAGUCCUGCAGCAUAGAUGUACUGUAGAGCUUGUGGUUUGUUGAGGAGUCGGCAUCUUUUUCUUUCUUAAAUCAGAGAAUUUGAUUUCCUUGAAUGAGGCCUGGAAAUGACGUCAGGUCCUUGAUCAUGUAAAGCAGAUCUGAUUCCUCACAGAGAUGCUUUCUGACAUUAUGAUAACUUUUUGUUUCAUGGUGAGUGAUGAUAUUCCACUCACCUGGGGGUUGCUAUGGAGACACAGCCCCACCAUAGUGCUAUUUUUCUUUCUUUUUUUAAUCCUUGACUUAUACUAGGUUAACAGAUAAGUCGAAUCACUGCGCCGCAGAGCUUCGUUAAGAAAUAGCUUUAUUCAACAAAAUCAUGUCCAUGGGGAGAUUUUGACACUGAUGAUUCAUUCUUACUGACUGAAAAGAUGACUUCAUUCAGAAGUGGUCUUGCGAAAAAACUGUGAAAACCUACACAGGGUGUGGACAGAAUAAUAAAAGCACAAGGGCGCUGAAUUCCUCCAUCAUAGUAAGACUGUAGAUUUUGCAGCUUUGGUUCAUCAAUUAACACCCAGUAACAUAUUGGCUGGAAGAAUAAUCCUUUGUACUAAAUAAAUCCUCAAAUUCUGACUAGAUUUCCAUGUUGACACGGCUGUCACAUGUAAAAAACAAACAAACAUAUUUGUUAUUCAAAUCACUGCAGGACCGGCCUGUCUUGUAGUCACCAGGAAGAAAAUGCAGCAUGUGAUGAGGGGAAUCAUUUAGAAAUUAUACACAAGGGAUGAUGAUGCAUACAAAUUAUGACAGGAAACACACCCUUCAGAAAUAUGAGCAGUCUUCACGUCCGGCAGGCCUGAAUAGUGUUUGUGUUAUUUUGUCCUUGCCCUGUAUCUGUUGCUGCACAGCCUCUUCACUGGUACAUUUGAGGAAACAUCCAAAAGCGAGAUUCCUAAAUGUUAUGUAGCGAUGCAUGUCAUGCAUUGUUUGGAUAGUUCUAUAAAAAAAAAAAAAAGAAAAACAUGGGGGUUAAAGUGCAAUACAGUAGAAAUGUUGUUGCCACAAGUGUUCAAUCAUCAUUUCAACACUAAGCCUUUCAGAGCACAGGACUGCUUUCUCAUUUUUAAAGAUCUUUGGUUACAAGAAAAAGGUCAAAGAUGAUCUCAAGGUGAACGCUCUUUUCACUUUUAAACGUAACUCUUGUGUGAUGAGCAGCUCAGUCCUCGUCUGUUUAUUAAAAACUCUAGCCUGUUGUUGUCACCAACACUUCUGUAGAUACUCUGACACUGAAUGUGGAGCCUGUUUUGUGGAGUCACCCAAAUUGACUGAUUGUGAUCGAAAGCUUUUGAGACAUUUAAGUAGUAUUAGUUAAGCUCAUACAAUAACAUUUAGAAAUUCUGAGAGUAGAUUUACUUGUUGAAGUGAGAGCACGCUUAAUUAGUGUUCAGCAUUUAACUAAACACUAAUUAAGCGUUUAGCUGUAACCCCCAGCUACUGUAACAGUUGCACAAGUAUAGACAGGUAUGGGAUAAUGCCAAAUGUCUGUAGCACAAGUCAUAAAGUCAGCUAACGGACGAUCUGUUAUAUACAGCUACAUUUACGUAAACUUUGCCAACAUUUGCCACCGUGAGCUACCUGACUGUAGCAGCCAAACUCCUGAGUGUGUUGAAUUGAGUUCAGCUUUUAAAGUUAUACAGCGUUUCUUUAAAGUCAGUGAUUCUUUGACUGCUCGAGCUGAUAAAUCAGAUCCAUGGUCUGGUCACAUUCAGUGUCAUGUAAAGGCCUUGUGGCAGUAAUUUUUACUAUUAACCUGUACAUGACGCACACGUGCACAAAAACACCUCUGCUCAUUGUGUCCAAAGAGCAGGAUAAUUGUGCUAUAUACUAGUUAUUUAUUGUAACAUAUUGUUUAUUUAUGUAUUUUUGAGGUAACAGAAGUUCAUGUGCCAUGUUCAGAGGUUCAACAAUGUGGAAGUGCAUUCUUGAGAAGAAAAGAUGUUUGUGGUCUGAAGCUGCAACGCUGGAAUGUAAAAGUACUUGUUAUGUUUUGUGGCCACUUGAGGGCAGCAGAAGAGCAAGUCAGUGUGUUGAUGCUCUUCUCUUUCCUCUGGUGUCAAGUGCAGGAAACCAACAGGAAGGUGUAUUUAGUGUUUUAUCGGUUGUUGUCAUGACUGUAAAGUUACAUUUUUUUAAGGCAAUGUUUAAAACCUGUUUGCAUGUUUAAAAAAAAAAUCACAAUGCAGGAGAGGACACACUGAAGGCUUUGUACUAUUGUAAUAUUGUUGAUGUGUAAAUAUAUGCCCAUGUUUGGUAUGUUGUUAUUAUUUAUCAGUUGUAAAUGAAAAAAAAAAUAGUCAACCACAAAGCAAUACGUCUCCCCUCGUGUCCCCUCAACCUUCUGACAGCUGAAGCCACAUGUCUUUUCUAAAGCUGCGUUUUACUAUGUCAGAAUAAGACUGAAAUGAAUAAAUUAUAGGUUUUAUGUGA